AUGAAGCUACGAACGCGACUCUGCAAAAAGAGUUCCCUAAAAGCCACCGAGACGGGAGAUGAAGGCAGCCAAAGAAGUUCAAAUUAUCCACUGAGUUGCGUGGAUUGGAGCAGCAAUGAGGAGAUAUAUUUUGUGAGUGAUGAUCAUCAGAUUUUCAAGUGGAGCGAUGUAACGGACUCGGUGGAGGUAGCCAAGUUGCCGGAUGACUUUGUGCCCACGGACUCAUGGCUCCUGCUCGGUGGACGGAGCAGUGGCGGUGGCAAAGGAAGCGAUAUGCUGGUGUGCAGUAAUGAUGGUCGUUUCGUGAUUCUCAAUAAGAGUGCCCGGUGGAGCGAAGUAUUCGGCCCAUGGGGCAGCUAUUAGUUCGGGCGAUGGAGUCCUGAUGGUGCCGGCUUACUAACUGCCGGUGAGGAUGUCAUCAAGAUCUGGUCAAGAUCCGGUAUGCUACGCUCCACGGUGGUGCAAAACGAGGAGGCCAUACGCUGCGCUCGUUGCCCGAACUCUACCUCGAUUGUGUUCUGCCAGGGAGGCAUGUGUCCAUCAACCUUUGGCGGCAAUAGUAAGCUCAUCAGGUGGCGUGCUCAUGAUGUGGUCCUCUCACUCAGUUGGUCUGCCCAGUCCAAUGUGAUAGCCUCCGGUGGUGAGGACUUUCGCUUCAAGAUAUGGGAUGCCCAGGGUGCCAAUCUUUUUACCAGUGCCGCCGACGAGUUUGCCAUCACAAGUGUGGCCUUUAAUCCCGAGAAGGAUUACCUGCUGGUGGGCACUUUUAAUUUGCUGAAGCUAUGUCACAGCUCUGGAUGGUCCUACAACAGUGCCCGCUUUACAGCCCCCAGUGUGGGCUCGUUUUUCAGCUUGUCCUGGUCAGCGGAUGGCACUCAGGUGGCUUGUGGCACCUCCACAGGUCAGCUUAUAGUGGCCUAUGUCAUCGAGCAGCAACUGAUCUCUAGGAAUCUGAAGGCAACUAGCAAUAGUAGGAAAUCAAUUGCCCUGAAGGACAUUGCCAAUGGUACCCAGGAUGUCCUGGAUUUUCCACAGCGCGUAAUUAAUUUCGGUCUGGGCUAUGGACACCUGGUGGUGGCCACCAUGCAUCAAAUACACAUCUACAAUGAGAAGUAUAUCAAUACACCGAUUAUAGUCGAUGGAAGGAAUGAUACCAGGGUCAUUGAGGUGGGCAAGAAAUACUUUAUGAUAUUGGAUGCCUCAUCUAUAUGGGUGUAUACCUACACGGGUCGCCUUCAUUUAAAUCCUCGUUAUCCUGGCUCCCAGGCGCAGAUUCCCUUGCUCACCUGGCGCUCCCUAUCUCUGGGCCUCGAUGUCCUGGCCAUUCGUGAUAAUUCAGAUCCCACUCUGUUGCAUUUAUUCGAUCUAAUACCAGGUGCCUCGCGGCAGUAUGAUCCGCAUUCGCUGAGAGCCAAGCAGCCGCUGGCAGAGAUUGCAGCCUGUCGAGCAGGCACACCGGAUGAUCAGUUUGUGGCUUUUAUAGAUUCCAAUAGGGAACUAUUCGUUAGUGAGUCCCGCAAUCUUACCGGGGAGCGAACCGACGAGAUAUACAAGAUUGGAACACAGCUCACAGCAAUUAAAUGGGCCAGUGAGACGAACAUUCUGGUGGGAGUGCACGAUUCCUGCUACAGCAUUUGGUAUUGUCCCGGAGAAGGAGCCUCCGAUCCCACAAUCAUUGCCCUCACCACAAUUACCUUGGACACGGCAGAGUUCGGUAAACAGAUUGCCAUCGAGAGCUUCGAGGAUGCAGUGAUCACAUUUCGCUGUGCUGGUGCCCUGCUACCCGUCAAUGUGAACAUCCAUUGCGAGGUCCUGCAUCGCGCUCUCCUCGAGGGCCAGUGGCCACAGGCGCUGAAGAUCUGCCGGCUGGCACAACAUGCCAGCUUGUGGGCCACCUUGGCAGCGGUGGCCACCAGGAAGCACCAGCUGCAGAUUAGCGAGGAGGCUUAUGCUGCCGCCCUGCAAAUCGACAAGGUGAGCUACCUGCAGCACCUGAAGACACUGACGCCUUCGAGUGCCGAGCAGAUGGCAGAGAAUUCGCUGAUGCUGGGAAGGAUGCUGGAGGCGGAGACAAUCCUACUGCAUGGCCGAAAGAUUCAGCAGGCUGUGGGUCUCUCCCUCAGGAUGCACAACUGGCGGAGAGCUCUGGAGAUUGCUCAGAAACAUCGAGUGGAGGAACCGGAUCUAAUGCAGCGGGUGCUCCAAGAGAGGAUCAAGUAUCUGAAGGCGUUGCAAAGGGAGGAAUGGGAUCCAGUAUACUUACCGCAUGUGGUAAAAGAAGAUACAAAUAGUCCCAGUGAAUAG